UCCCGCGAAAUUAUCACAAAAAAUAUAGUUUACUGCUAUUACAUAAUAACUUCAUAAUACACGAAGUAUGUAUUUUUCUAUAAUCGACAAUCGUAAUUUCUGUUGCGAGACAAGAAUUGAAUAGUUUUUGAUGUUAAAAAACAUUGCAUGCUAACAUAUAAUUAUAAUAGAUGAAAGAUUUUAGGAAGGUAUAAAUUCUGGAAAUUUCAUGCGCUGAUUUCUUAGUAUACAGUUCAGCGCUGCAAUUGCGUGCCUCGAGUAGACGUGUGUAGAUACGUAUUAAAUACAUUUGAGAUUUUUAUCGUCUGCAUUAGAUUUGUAUUAUUUAACAGCUGUAAAAAAUGAAUAAGAAAAUAUUACCGUUGAACGAGUUAUUACAUGUGCUAGCCUGGCUUGAGGGUGUAUGGAUAACGGAGGAACCCGCAAUCGGAAUGUAUCCGACUAUCAAGUCGUUCAAUUAUUACGAUGAGAUAAAUAUUACGUCCAUAGGUCAACCGAUUUUCAAUUACGUUGCGCAAAGUUGGCAUCCGGAAAUGGGGAUACCGAUGCAUCGAGAGACCGGCUUCCUGCAGAUCUUACCGGGAACCAACAAGAUUGCUCUAAGUUUGAUUGAUAAUAUAGGUUUAUUCACAGUCGAACAGGGUGAGCUGAUGAAUGAUACCAAAACCAUUGAUAUAAAAAGCACCAAUAUAUUGGCGACAGAUGCAUCGAUACCGCAUUUUCCAACUUUAACGGAGACGCGUCGAGUGUAUAAAGUCGAUGGUGACAGUUUAGAACUAAUUUUCUACAUGGCAACGUCAAAAACGCCAGAACUGACGGAACAUUUGCGUGCGAAGUACAAGAAGGUCGCAUAGGACACAAAGACACGAGAAUAGAAUAAAAUAUUGUUAACAUUUUUCAUUUUGUGUUGAAAUUAUCUGAGUAGGAUGUGAAUAUAAAAUUUAGGAAAGAUGCGGAACGUAAACGCAUUCUUCGAUGUAGUUAGUAAAUAAUAAAAAAUAGAUUUAACUUAAUACAA